AUGGCUAAUAAUCUGUCAUUGCGGAGCAUCUUGGAUGCAAAUAAACUCAUUGGCCCAAACUUCCUCGAUUGGUUUCGAAACCUCAAGAUCGUCUUGAAACAAGAGAAGAAAUCCUAUGUCCUUGACACUUCUAUUCCACCAGUCCUUGCUACUCAUGCUAGUGUUGAGGAUAAGGAAGCAUAUCAAUGUCAUAAAGAUGAUAAUGAUCAGGUAGCAUGCGUGAUGCUAGCCAGUAUGACCCCUGAGCUCCAAAAAAGGCAGUUCUGUAGACCCCAUCUGCUGAAGAUGAUUGGACUUAUCAAGAGACUUGGACAAUUAGGAUUAGCAAUGGAUCAUGAGCUAAGUAUAAACUUAGUUCUACAAUCUCUUCUUGACAGCUUUAGUCAGUUCAUGUUGAACUUCCAUAUGAAUCGAUUAAAAGCCACUCUUCCCGAACUUUUGAAUAUGCUAGACACGGUAAAGAAGUCCAUCAGGAAAGAUAAGGGAUCAUUACUUCUUGUUUCUUCUUCUAAGGCUCAUACGAAGCAACAGAAGAAGAAAGCCCAAAACGGGAAGAAGGUAAAAUCCCAAAAUGAGAAAGCCUUGAAGCCUAAGGGAGGUGUCAAAAAGGACAAAGACAAGGACAUUUGCCAGCAUUGUGGCAAACUUGGGCAUUGGAGGAGGAACUACAAGGAGUACCUAGCUACUGUGAACAAGAAAAAAAAGCUUAUUGAAGCUUCUGAUUCAAGUACCAUUUGCUAA